AUGUCUUCUCCUGAAAAAUAUUUUAACAAGCAAAUGAAAGCUCAUAAAUGUCAAUUACCGCCAAAUGACGAUUUAGAAUUUUUAAUGAGUUUAAAUAAAUUUAAAAAUUUUUUCCUUGUCUCGGAAAAAAAUUUAUUAAGUUAUUUAAAAUUUAAAAGUCAAUCCGCGAUUUGUUAUGAAAAACGAAGGCAAAUUCGAACGACACGGUGUUUUAUAAUUCAUCCAUAUUCCGAAUUGAACAGAGCUUGGAAACUUUGGAUGUGUAUCGUUCUUUUAAUGGCAGUCAUCAUAUUUCCAUUUACUUCUUCUUUUCUGGGACCCUACUAUGUUAAAUCGGCAGUAACAGUCGAAUCAACUCUCCUAAGGUUUCAAAUGCUCCUGUCUACUGUUUUUAUUAUUCGGAUUUUCUGUCUCAUGGAUAUCGUCGUGACAUUUUUCACCGGAUACAUUAAUUCUUCGACCGAUGAAAUGGUCAUACAACCUUCGAGAAUUGCUCGUCAUUACAUAUCAACGUAUUUUUUUCCAGAUUUGAUAUCCUCGGUACCGAUAGAUUUCAUUUACAUUUGCGUGUACGGUAUGAAAUCAUNNNNCGGUUCGUUUUUUUCAUCUUAUUCAAUAUACAAAACGGUCGCGGCCAUUGUAUUUUAUUUUUUACUCAUUCACUGGGGUGCUUGUUUACAUUUUUUAAUACCACGUUUAAUUUAUUACCACGAAUUAUUGAAUUGUCAAAAGGGACGGUGCAGGUAUUCGUGGUUGACAGUAUCUAGGCUCACUAAAAAAACCCUAUUUAAACAAUAUGCGACGGGAGCGUACAAAACAUUAACUUGUUUUGCAAGAUUGGGUAACGAAAACAUAACGUUAAUAAACGUGGAGGAUAAAGUUUUAUCGAUACUUUUAGGUUUCGUUGGUAUAAUUUAUUGGAUGUUACUUUUGAUAGUGAGUAUAAAAAUGUACUCGACUAUCACAUUGGGUAAAGCGAGUUAUUUGGAAAUAAUAGAUCAAGUUCGUCAUUACAUGAACCUGAAAAAAUUUCCACCGAAUUUAAGGAGGAGAAUAGAAAUGUAUUACACGUACAUGUUUCAAAAAGAUUUCGUACCGGAACAGAGAAUACUACAAUUUUUAUCGGAAAAUCUCAGACAGGAAACGAUAUUGAAAAUGCAUCAGAAUUUAGUGGAAAAAGUUUACAUGUUUAGCAGUUUAAACGAAACGUUAAUCUACGAAAUAAUUAGAUGUCUCAAACGUGAAAUUUAUUUAACCGGUGAUUAUUUUUAUAAAUUUGGCGAAAUCGGUACUUGCAUGUAUUUCAUAUCUUUCGGUACGGUUGCCAUUUACACGGAAAAGGGUAAAGAAAUCGGUCAUUUGGAAGACGGCGAAUAUUUCGGUGAAUUAUCCGUUUUGUUUAACGUGAGACGACCGGUAACGGUCGUCGCGAUCGAAACGACGGAAGCAUUCAGUUUUCAAAACGAUGAUUUUAUGAAAAUAAUAAAACCUAAUGUGAAAAUUUAUGCUAGAAUGGAAAAAAUAGGAUUGGAAAGAAUAAAAAAAAGUAGAAACGUAGCGAGUAACACUCAUACUUCGUGGAAAUUAAAAUCGAACGAAUCGAAACAUUCAAAAGUGUAUGCAGUAAUAAAACGGAAACGACAAAUUUAUACAGUAAUAAUUACAGCAGCAUAA